CCCCCUCGGACCGGGGGCGUGGAGGCAACCGGGAUCAGCCAGGGGCCAGCAUGAGCCGGAGGGAGGGAAGUCUGGAAGACCCCCAGACUGACUCCUCAGUCUCAUCCCUUACCCACUUGGAGGCCAAGAUCCGUCAGACACACAGCCUUGCCGGCCUCCUCACCAAAUAUGCUGAGCAGCUGCUCCAGGAAUAUGUGAGUGGGGAUGGGGGUGGGAGUGCCAGGGGCCUGGAGAAUAGGGAAGUACAGAUCACAGGGAUCCUUGACCACCCAUUUUCUCAACCUCAUUUCCCAGCUGCUGAAAUUGGGGCUCUGGAGAGGGAUCACGCCACCGCCACCGCCACCGCCACCGCCACCGCAGACGUCUUCCCGGCCAAGGUGCUGGGGCUCCGCGUGUGCGGCCUCUACCGCGAGUGGGUGAGCCGCACCGAGGCCGACCUCGGCCAGCUGGGGCCCGGGGGCCCGGCCUGAGCACGGGUCGCUGGGCUGCAGCUCGCUGUCACCUCCUCAUCUCUCUCUGGCCA